GAUUGCCUGUAUAUGCCAUUAUGUUCUUCUCAACCCAACUCUCUCACUCUCCUCAAUACUCUCCAACACCAACGCCAUACAAAAACAUCAGCACAAACGCACCCCCAGACCCAGACCCAGACCCUGUUAUUCGAUUUUUAUAUUAUUAGGGUUUUAGUCUUUAAGAGGUUAUGGAGGAUGCAGAAAAGGAGACAACUGAUAUGAACAUAGUUGAAGGCUCUUUGUCAACUCCGACUGGGGAACUGCAACCACACCCUAAUAUUCUUGAACCCGAAGAUGCAAAAAGUAUUGAGAUGAGUGUCCAGGACGGAGCUGAUGAUGAUGAAGAUGUGAGAUUGCAGUCUGCUGCUGCUGCUCAAGUUCAUCUCGUAGACGAUAAGCCCGCUUUGGCAUUGGCAUUGGUCCCAAACGCAACUACUACUGAUGAAGACACUCCCAAGUCAUUCAUUGAGGGUUCUGCCUUGAUCGAUGGCUAUGAGUCUGGAACACCCGACGAGCAAGCAGCUUUUGCAAAGGAUGUUGAAAGCUUUUACAGACAGAAUCACUUCGAAUAUAAGACCCUUAAGUUCUAUAAAGAAGAACUCAAUCUGCUCAAGUUAUGGAGAUCUGUCAUCAAACUUGGAGGCUAUGAACGGGUGACUUCAUGCAAGUUAUGGCGUCAAGUUGGAGAAUCAUUCAGACCCCCAAAGACCUGCACUACUGUUUCGUGGACGUUCCGAAUAUUUUAUGAGAAGGCAUUACACGAAUAUGAGAAGCAUAAAAUGCGUAACGGGGAGCUCCCUUUCUCUGAUUGUCCAUUGACAGAGCCAAUCAGGGUUGAGAAUCAGUUAAAUCAUCCUGUACAGGCACCAGGAGGAAGUCAAGCUCCCAGCUCAGGCAGGGCUAGAAGGGAUUCUGCUGCUCGUGCCAUGCAAGGUUGGCAUUCCCAGCGUCUUCUUGGUAAUGGUCAGAUUUGUCAUCCAAUUGUGAAGGAUAAGAACUUGAGCUCUGCAACAAAGGGUGAUAAGCAACUAAAAACUAAUGGUGUACUGAAGCGUAAAAAACCAUCAAAUGUUGAUCGGUCUGUCCUUGUUCCUCACAUGAAAGCAAUGAGACCACAAUCGGAUUCAAUGGUCAAAGAUAUUGGACCUGCAGCUGAUUGGGUAAAAAUCAAUGUGCAAAGAACUAGCGACUGCUUUGAAAUAUAUGCUUUAGUUCCAGGGCUUCUGCGAGAGGAGGUUCAUGUUCAGUCUGAUCCAGCUGGACGCUUGAUAAUUUCUGGUAACCCAGAGCAACUGGAUAAUCCUUGGGGCGUCACGCCCUUUAAAAAGGCUGUGUGCUUACCUUCGAGAAUCGAUCCACAUCAGACAUCCGCCGUGGUUACUUUGCAUGGUCAGUUAUUUGUGCGCGUCCCGUUUGAGGUGGCAGAUAUGUAGGGUUGUAGUCUGGAGAAGAAAAAGGUAGUUUAGACAAUGUAGUUGUUUAGUCAUUGUUCAGGUUGGUUGUAGCUUGAGACUAUUGUCUUUAUUCUGUAUUUAAUAGUUGAAUUCUGAAAGCAAAUCUAUAUCAAAAGCAUCAUAUUAUGGCAUUAACAA